CUACCGUGGCAGAGUGUAUUUGACUACAGUAGUAGAAGUGUCAGAGAUCGUAUUACGGCGAUUUGUUUGUUUUGAUCGUUUAGGUGCACAUGAAAGGAAGAAUGAUGGAGAAAAUACAAGAGGAAAUACAAAGGAAGUUGGAUGAAUACAAAACUGUCCAGAAAGAUUUUCAUAAAGCAGUUAGUCAGCGGAGUCAGCUAGAGGGCCAGUUGAAUGAAAAUACAGCUGUGAAAACAGAACUUGAUCUGCUGAAAAAGGAUGCCGAAGUGUAUAAAAUGAUUGGUCCAGUGUUAGUGAAGCAAGAUCUUGAAGAAGCUAAGCAAAAUGUAGCAAAGCGAAUGGACUACAUUCGUGGUGAGCUAAAACGGGCUGAUGACACUCUAGCUUCACUAGAAAAACAACAAGAAAGUCAUCGAGCAGCCUUAACAAAGUUGCAGCAGCAGUUUCAGCAAGCACAGAUGAAGAUGGCCAAAAAACCAUGAACGUGAAUCAGUUGUGUGCUGCUGUACACAUUUGUUUCCUGUUUGGAAACUGAGAAAAGUAAAUUAAAACCAAUGUGAAUUUUGUGUGGCUGAAAUCUCAUCCUUCGUGCUUUUGUAGAGGAAGUGAAUGUAUAUAUAUGAAAACAACAUGUAACCAUAUAAUAUCUUUAUUGCAUACAAAAUAAAGGCACUUUAUUAUU